CGGCUAUAAUUGGCGUUACAGUUUUCCUAAAGAAGAGAGGAGAGAUUUAGAUUUAAGUGAGAUUUUUUCGGAUAUUUAUUCUCUCCCCCUGACUUCUCUGUUUUUUUUUUUUUUUCUUUUUCUUCUCCUUAGUUUCUGAUAAAAAGUUUUGAUUUUUUUUUUUGUUUUAUCGGGCUUCGAUUUCGAGGUCCGAGUCUCUUCUUCGCGAAAAUUUUCCCAGAGAUUAAAAAAACAAGAGUUUUUUUUUUUAAUACCUUCUGGGUAUAAUCAAUCAUGUCUGAUGGAUACUAUAGUUCUAAGAAGACGGACGAUAUCUGUGAUGAUGUUUGUGGACAGCAGGAUGGUUCAAGAACAGCCAAAGCUUUCUCAAGGGUAAGAUGUGUUCUACGUGGACUCGAUUUCAAGACAUACAUAUUCUUCUUCACCAUUGUGCCCAUUUUCCUCAUCGGAGUCUAUCUGCACGGUCAGAAGCUUACAUAUUUCUUGAGACCGCUUUGGGAAUCUCCACCCAAGCCGUUUCAGACGCUUCCUCAUUACUACCAUGAGAACGCUACCAUGGAAACGCUCUGUAGUCUACAUGGCUGGAAACACCGUGAAUCUCCGAGAAGGGUCUUUGACGCUGUCUUGUUCAGCAAUGAAGUUGACAUGCUCACUAUCCGGUGGAAAGAGCUGUAUCCUUACAUUACACAGUUUGUGAUUCUUGAAUCAAACUCUACUUUCACCGGUUUGCCUAAACCGUUGGUUUUUGCUGGGAACCGAGGGAAGUUCAGUUUUGUUGAGCCGAGGCUGACUUAUGGGAACAUUGGAGGAAGAUUCAAGAAAGGCGAGAACCCGUUUGUUGAAGAAGCUUACCAGAGGAUUGCAUUGGAUCAGCUCAUUAGACUCGCCGGUAUUGAAGAAGAUGAUCUUUUGAUAAUGUCUGAUGUUGAUGAGAUCCCUAGCGCUCAUACCAUCAACCUGCUUAGAUGGUGUGACGGGUACCCACCCAUUCUUCAUCUUCAGUUGAAAAACUACUUGUACUCGUUCGAGUACUUCGUUGACAACAAAAGCUGGAGAGCUUCGAUUCAUCAGUACAAGCCAGGGAAGACUCGAUAUGCUCAUUUCCGCCAAGGAAACACUCUUUUAGCAGAUUCGGGUUGGCAUUGCAGUUUCUGUUUCAGGCACAUCAGCGAGUUUAUAUUCAAGAUGAAAGCGUACAGCCACAACGACCGGGUCAGAUUCUCUCAUUAUCUAAACCCCCAAAGAAUCCAAGAUGUGAUUUGUAAAGGAACUGAUCUGUUCGAUAUGCUUCCGGAAGAGUAUACAUUCAGGGAAAUCAUCGGGAAGCUAGGUCCAAUACCGAGGUCUUAUUCAGCUGUUCAUCUCCCAGCUCAUCUGAUCGAAAAAGCUGAGAGUUACAAAUACUUGUUACCUGGGAACUGUGUAAGGGAAAGUGGCUGAUAAGGGUUUUGUAAUAAUCAGUCUUUGUAGUUGUUAGGGGGUGGGGGAAACGGCUUAUCAUCAGUAGGAGGGAGUGUGAAACAGAGAAUGGUACAGAGUUUCUUGAGACUCGAGAAGAGUGAUUUGGUAAGUGGAGUCUCUGGUUUCAGUAUAUAAACCUUGUCUGCUUAUAAUUUCUCAUACUGACCAUAUGUUCUAAUGUGUUCCCAUCUUUGUUUUGGGAAGUUUUGCUGGAAUAGUCUUUCUUUCUCUUAUCUGUCUCUCUCUCUUUCUCUUUUCACUUUAAAACUCUUUUCAUACUCUCCCUUUUUAGUCUGUACAAUUUUAGUUGAUUUCUUUUACAUCCUGAGAUUCUUUGUAAUCUUUAUUUUUUUUCGUUUAAAUUCUGAAUUUGUCUUGAUUCAAUAUCUGGUAUUCAUUAUUAUUGUUA